GUUAAGCGGCAAUUACAAAACGCCCAUUGCAGUACAAUCACCUCACUGACGCAGUUGCUCUCCGUUAUCUGAACUCGCCUUCUCCCUGAAACGAGACUAGGGUUAACAUCGGAGGUCUGCAGGGGCCAAAACUGACUCUCUCUGAAUAGGUGCAGAUAGCUAUGAGUUUGCAAUUUGACAUUGUUUAAAAAGAAUGCCUGGCAUAACUUUAGUUGCUCGAGAAACCAUGAAUUCUGUUUGCAAUUGCAGUUACUCCAGAGGUUCAGGUCAGAUGUGCCGCCAAGAACCUCAUAUUCAAUUGUCUCAGGAAGAGCAAAAUGCAGCUGAAGAAAGCCUUUCAGUUUACUGCAAGCCUGUUGAAUUAUACAACAUUCUUCAACGCCGGGCAAUAAAUAAUCCAUUAUUUCUUCAAAGAUGCUUGCGUUACAAAUUACAAGCAAAGAACAAACGAAGGAUUCAAAUAUCAGUAUCCAUAUCUGGAGCUAUUAAUGAUGGAAUGUAUGCUCAGAACCUUUUUCCAUUGUACGUGUUAUUGGCGAGGCCACUUUCUACCACAAACAUGGAGAUGCAGCAUUCAGCUGUUUAUCGCUUCAGUCAGGCUUGUAGAUUGACUGCUUUUAAUGGAGCCGAGACUCAGAGUGCUGCUCAUGCCAAAUUUCUUCUGCCAGAGAUUAGCAAAUUAUCAGCAGAGGUCAAAUCUGGCUCUCUUGCUAUGUUGUUGGUGAGCUGUGCUGCUAUCACAAAUUGUCAAGGAAUUGAUCUGACCAUGGACCACAUUUUUUCUGCUUCAUCAAUGUUUGAAGGUAACUGCUUGUUGGGGAAGAUCCCGAUGGAUUUACUUCAUCUGUCAUGGGAGAGAUCUCCAAACUUAAGUUUAGGGGGAAGAGCUGAGAUGAUGGCUAGUGUUAGCAUGCGUUACUGCGAUAUGAAGUUGAGUGGUUUGGAUGAGGAAAAAUGUAUAUCUUUUCGGUUUCAGUAUAAUUCAGAAGCUGUGAGUAUAUUGCAACAGGUACCAGUGAUGGUCUCUGCAGAGGAGCUUGGAGCAAAAGAUAUAUCGGCUUAUGAUUUGUAUUCAUACAGUGAUAUUCCUGAUAAUUCCCUGCCUCAUAUUGUGAGGUUGAGAGCUGGAAAUGUUGUUUUCAAGUACAAGUACUACAACGAUAUGCUGCAGAGGAGUGAAGUUACUGAAGAUUUUACAUGUCCAUUCUGCUUGGUGAGAUGUGCAAGUUAUACGGGUCUGAGAUUUCACUUGACUUCGUCGCAUGAUCUAUUUCGCUUUCAGUUCUGGGUAAAUGAAGAUUAUCAAGUCGUUAAUGUAUCCGUGAAGACUGAUAUAUGUAAUUCUGAGAUUGCUGCCGAUGGCGUUGAUCCUAGACAACAGACGUUUUCAUUUUGCCAUAAGCCCAAGAGACACCGGAAACCAAAGAACCUAACUCAAAAUGCAAAUCAUGUGCAUCCUUUUUUGUUGGAUUCAGAUGUCCCUGAGGGUGCAAAAUGUGAUACUUACAGUCCUAAUGCAACGAGUGUAUCAAUUGCUACUGGUGUUUCAUUUGCUGAACCUGAAUCUGGCCAAUCUGUACCUGGAAGCAACCUUGCACCUCCGGCUAUGCUGCAAUUUGCAAAGACAAGAAAGUUAUCUGUUGAACGAUCUGACCCUAGAAACCGCGCACUCCUGCAGAAGCGGCAGUUCUUUCACUCGCACAGAGCUCAGCCAAUGGCUUUGGAGCAAGUUUUCGCAGAGCAAGACAGUGAAGAUGAAGUUGAUGAUGAUGUUGCUGAUCUCGAAGACAGAAGGAUGCUUGACGACUUUGUCGAUGUUGCCAAAGAAGAGAAGCACAUGAUGCAUCUCUGGAACUCCUUUGUGAGAAAGCAGCGGGUGCUGGCAGAUGGCCAUAUUCCGUGGGCAUGCGAGGCAUUUUCGAAAUUGCAUGGAAAAAACUUUCUCCAGAACCCAAAACUGCUCUGGUGUUGGAAAUUAUUGAUUGUGAAACUCUGGAAUCAUGGUCUUGUGGACUCGAGAACCAUGAAUAAAUGUAACCAAAUACUUGACCACAUUCAUCCUACUACUACUACUACUACUACAAGAAGUCAAAUGUAAGUCAAGAUUUUGCUGCUCUACUCUCUUCCUGCUGCUACUUGUAUUCCUUUUGGUAACUUGAUGAUUAUGUCACCUGUAAACACCAUAAAUAAACAAUUAAAAAUAAAUUGGCACAUAAGAUAUCUUUAUGUUAUACUUGAGUGGUGUUUGUAAUUGCAUUGCAGCAGCUAAGCAAGCUAUCAUCAUUUAGUUUUGAUUGCAAUUA